AUGACUAGAGCGGAGCAAUUCGAUGGUAAUAUCGAGCGGACGGGACCAAGCGUAGAGCCGCCGGUCGUGGCUGGGGGAGCAGCUGAUGGGGGAAUGGCGGAAGGGGAAAGGCGGAGGGCGGAGAUGGGAGGGGAAAUGCGAGUCGCGAGGGGAAUCCGACUGGCGGAAGGAGCUUCCGCGACAGCUGUGAUGGGGGAAGGCGGAAUCACUGGGAGAGGAGAAGGGACGGACUCGGAGAAUGGAAUUCGCCGGGAAACACGCGAGGGUGGUACGGAGGAAUGGGGGGAGAACACGGCGAGAGACGGAGAGGAGAAGGCGGAAGUUGGCGGACAGGAGAUGGAUCAAGGCGACCAUGAUGCUCACAUGCUGCUGUUAUCAGAUUCGCAUGCUCGGAGCACGGACCCUUCCCACUCGCUUUCCACCUCUCUCGCCACUUCCCAUCCAAUCCCAUCCCACCAUGGCGCAUCGCCCGUCUCCCUCCGCCCGUCAUCACCACCCCGCACCGCUCCGAACCCCGCGUCGCUCACCCUCCUCUCCGUCCUCUUCGCGCCGCUCCACCCGCUCGUCGCGCUGCACGCGUGGCUGCGCGGGCUGGUAGCGUCGUUCGGGCUGCCGUUCGUGGCGCUGGUGGGCGUGGUGUACGGCGUGAGCGAGGGGUACGCGGGCGCGCUCUACCACUUCGCGUCGCAGUACUACUGGAUGGACGUGCAGUGCCUGCAACCCGCUUCUGCGCAGGCCUACAUGGUUGAUGAAGUGUGUGUGUGUGUGUGGGUGUGUUACCAUGCGGGCGUGAGCGAGGGGUACGCGGGCGCGCUCUACCACUUCAAGUCGCAAUACUACUGGAUGGACGUGCAGGCAGUGGUGGCAGUGCCGUGGGAUCUCCGUCCCAUCUACGGCCUCAUCUCUGACUCCUUCCCCAUCCGCGGCUACCGCCAGCGCCCCUACCUCUUCCUCUCGGCCCUCCUCGGCCUCCUCUGCAGCCUGCUCGUGGCCCUCCUCCCCUCGCUCCCCCCCACCCUCGCCUCUCUCCUCCUAGCAGGCACCACCCUCUCAACCGCCUUUGCAGACGUGCUAGUAGACGGGCUAGUAGCAGCCAAAAUCCGCACCAAGCCGCAACCCGCGAGCGACUUACAGGCCCUCCCCUGGGGCAUCCUCGCUCUCUCCUCUCUCCUCGCGUUCGCCCUCAGCGGCCCUAUCGUCUCCACAUUCGGGGCUCGUGGGGCGUUUUUUUUCUACGCGCUGGCACCGUUUACGCUGCUUGUGACGGUGCUGCUGGUGCCGGAAGCACCAGUGGCGGCGCGUAAGGUUGGGGAGUCUGGGUGGGGGAGGUUGAGGCGGUCUGUGCGGCUGUUUGUGCGCACGCUGCGCAACCGAGUCAUGUGGCGGGCGGCUAUUUUCCUCUUCAUGUCGCAUGUGAGUGAGACAUGGGCACGUGUGGUGGAGGUGUGGCUGAGGGAGGUGUGGCUGAGGGAGGUGUGGCUGAGGGAGGUGUGGCUGAGGGAGGUGUGGCUGAGGGAGGUGUGGCUGAGGGAGGGGGGCAUAUCCCCGGACAUCCCGACGGCGCUGAUCUACUGGUACACCAAGGCGGAGGGGGGACCGCGGUUCAGCAAGGACUUCAUGGGCGUGGUGUUCGCCAUGGGGCGCGUGGGACUGCUCAUUGGCGUCUUCGUCUACCACCGCUGCUUCAAAGCUGCCUCCUACCGCACGCUCCUGCUCUUCACUCUCCUGCUCCUCUUUGUCACCGGCUUCCUGGACCUCGUUAUAAUCACGCGCGUCAACAUCACACUGGGCAUCCCCGACCAUUUCUUUGUCCUGGGCGACACAGCAAUCUCAGACGCAGUACGAAGACUAGAGCUCAUGCCCAUUCUCGUUCUCGCUGCUCGCCUCUGCCCGCCCGGCAUCGAGGCAACUCUCUUUGCCUUCUGCAUGUCUCUCAUGGUGUUUGGGGAGCAUUGCGCGGCAUGGCAAGGAGCACUCAUGCUGCAUCUGCUGGGCGUGAGAAAGGAUAGUUACGAGCAGCUCUGGCUGGCCGUGGUGCUUCGGAAUCUGUUUCGCUUGCUGCCGAUGGCGUUUCUUUGGCUGUUACCGGAAGGAGGGCCGGAUACGGAUUUGUUGGGUGAUAUGGGGGUUGAUAUGACAGGGUUGGACGAGGAGAGCGAGCGAGAGCUUAUGGUUGUGCAUAAGAUGGACGAAGAUAAAGAGGGCGAGACUGGCGAUGGAGGUAUGCGAAAAGGCAGGGUUGGAGGAAGAUGGUGA